AUGAAUGGUUUAUUAGUUAAAAAAAGAAGUGACAAGACACAUACAUUUCCGAAACCACCUCCAGGGUUGAAUAUUGUUUCAGGGACUAGGACUGCUUCUAGUGGUUCUUUAAAUUCAGUGUCUAGCAAAAUAAAGAUUACUACAGCCAUCACUAAUAAUAAUAACAAAACCAUAAGCUCUAUAAGAAGACCUUCUGAUAAUUUACUGCAACAAAUGUUAAAUGAAGCGGAUGUAGAAGAUGAAGUGGAAGUAGAAGAAGAAAAAGAAGAAGAGGGAAAAAGAAUAAACGAAACACCCUCUGAUUCAAGCACUAUCCGUACUAUUACUAUUAACAAUACGGCAGGAAAAGGACAAUCUGGAACUAUUACUAGCGACAAUACUAAGAGGAACACGCAAUCAAGCAACGGCACAACAAAUACUACUACCAGUGAAGAAGAUACUGAUGUUAUUGAUGAUGACGAUGAUGUGGAUGUUGAUGUAUUAAAAGCUCGUGCUAAUGAAAAUGGGUCUCCUUUAUCUAGUAACAUAUCAGAUACAGAUUUUGAUAGUAACACUAAAGAUAUAACAAGUGUUGUGUCCUCACAUCAAUUGACAUUUGGUUCUACUAUCAAAGCUGCUACUAUUAACACUACUGAAAAAUAUACAAAAGAUCGGGAAAAUGAAGAAGAAACAGAAGAAGAAGAAGAAGAAGAAGUACAAGAAAUGGACGAGAUUAUUAAUAGUUUGGAGGAUGUUAGUAGUGGUAUUGAAAGACAAAGAUCCUUUAUUUCCUCGUCUGGCUCAUCUUCCAGAAGUAACAGUAUUUCAAGCGCCAAUAAUGCAUUUAUCACCAGGGGUAUCAUUAAAGGAAGUAUACAAGAAGAAGAAGAAGAAGAAAUGCUAUACAAUGGCGGCAGCAAUCCGAUAUCACAGAAGUAUAUUUUUAAAAAUGCUACCACUAUUGGACUAAAUAAAGUGUUUAAUAAUGGCAAUGUUAAUAAUAUCAGUAACGUUUUAACUAGUCCACUUAAAUCACACGGUGCUAGCAAAAAUACUGACAAUAGUAAUAGCACUUUGACAUUUCUUAACGGCGGUGGCACUGGUAAGUAUAAGAAUGGUAAUGCAUCCUACUAUUAUGCAAAUGGCACAGUUAGCGGUGGCACGCCGAUUCACACUACCGAUAUAGGUAAUGCUGUUGCUGGUAUUACCAAUACUUCGAAUGCCAACAUUACAUUAACGAGAAAUAUGAUGAUUAGUUCGUCGCCUGGAAUUUCCAAUACUUCUGUAGGACAUCGUAACAAAUUAGCGUAUGCUAAUAAAUUUGCCUCAAAAAGUACUCCAGCGAUUUUAAAUUUAAAUGCUGAAGAGCCUAAUAACAGUGUCUCAUAUACAAACAAUGACAUGCCAUUUUCGAACCAUACUCAAUUUUUAACCCCAUCACAAAGAUUGAGGAUGAGAAGACAGAAAUCGGUUAAAAGUACUAUAAGGUAUAGAGAAAGAUAUUACGAGCAUCAAGAAAAACUGGACAUUAUGAACAACUAUGAAAAUUCAAGUGAAUAUAUGCAUUUUACUCCUAACCCAAGAGCCAAUAAAAUCAAGAGCACGGCUACUACUACUACUACUACUACUAACAAUAAUGGUAAUACCAAUACGACUAGCACCAAAAAUUCAAAAACACAUAAUAUAAUGAAAUUAAGUAAUAAUUCUACGACUACUGAUUUUGAAAUUUGGAAUGUUCCAAUAGCUGCAUCUAGUACAAGCACUUUUUUAACUACCAUGAAUACAAGUAUCAAUGGUAAGAAUAACAGUGCAAGCAAUAAUAGGAAAACAAAAAGUUUAUCUUCUUCCUCAAAUGCUACAACUUCUAUUAGCGGUUUUCCCGCAACUACUGCUACUACUACUAGUAGUAGUAGUAAGAAUUUAUCAUCUACUCACAUUCAAACGUCACCAUUGGCAACACCGCAGUUACCGGUAUCACAAAAUUUGGAUUAUAAUUGCAUGCAACCAUCCCCUAUACCUGGUGUAACUAAGAAGGGAAGAGAACUAAAUGAUUUUUUCCAAAAAACCACAAAUAAUUUAACGCAAAUAUAUGAAGCAUCAAGUAAAAAUUAUGGUGCUUCGCAAUUACAAAAAAGGAAAAUUUUUGCUGAAUCAUUACCAUUGUCGUUAAAAAAUGCCAGCGAUGAGGGAUUUGAGGACUUGACCUUAGUUAGUGAAGAUAAAUUGCAAUAUAUAAGUAAUUCUAGGCCUAUGUGGCUACCACCCAAGGAUGUAAGUGAAAAAACCAAGCAUGAUAGAUUCAUUGGUGAUGCUAUAAAUACAGCAAGUGUUGAGCAAAUGAAUCGCUCUAAUAACUUACAGAAACAGUUAAUUAUGUUGGGUAAAAAUCAGAAAAGGCUAGAUGAUAUAUUGUCCAAGGGUAUCUUAACCAAGCAACACUAUUUGGUUGAGUUAAGAAGUAUGUGUUGGGAGAGCCGCGGCUUAUUUUUUUCAAAUAAGGGCAAAAAAAACAAUAUGUUGAAGACAUAUAAUACUUUGUUAUUGAAUGAUGUUAUCCAACUUUUGGAGAGAUAUCAACCUUUUGAAAAAUUUACUAAUAAUGAUGAUCCACAAAUGUUGAAAGAUUAUCCACCGACUAAAACUAGUGAAAUUAUAAGAUUAAUUCAAAACAACAUACCCAAGUAUAAUAACAGCAAUGGUAACACUUCGAUUCCACGAAAUCUAUUGAAAUUGUUGCAAUAUAAAAGUUUUACUAUAGAAGGGAUUUUACCUGGUGAUAUUGUAUUGUUUAAUCAUUUUCUUUAUUUAUUUGAUGAUGGUGAUAGUGGUACUGCUGAUAAUACUGCUCAAGAAAAGAACAACUUGGCUACGAUUUGGAAUAUAACAUGUUUAUUGCAAUCCACUGUGUUUAACAAUAGUAAUGUUAAAUUAAAAUUUGAAGAGAAGAUAGUUGCACCUUCAACUAGUGGGAAUGUGAUUUAUAGGUAUUUAUCGAAGGAAGCAAGUUUUUCCAAAGAGUUCAAUUCGAAUGUCUUAAACUGGGACAAUUUGUGGGUUAUAUUUGGUAGGAUUUCGCAUGAUUUGUUACAAUGGUGUCUAGAUAUAAUUGUUGUUAAUAAUACGGCUGUUUUCUAUAAGGCUGAUCAUUCGUAUUAUGUUGAUAAAUUGCGUAAGAAAUUAGAAAGUAGCACGCAUGGAUAUAAUAAGUACGAAAAAUUGUGGGAAUAUUGGAAUACUAAAUAUAUGGUUAAUAAUUAUAAAAUUUUGUUGAGUUUGGUUUUAAAUGUUUUAUUGAAUUAUCAUUUUGGAUUCAAUGAUUUUAAUGAUUUGAGGGAAAACAUGGAUAGUAAAUUUAUGAUUAUUGGUGGUAGUAAUGGUAAUCUUGGCUUUGACGAUGAUGAACUUUUAUUAGAAGCUGGGUUUAUUAAGAAAUGGUUGUAUUAUUAUAAAAAAUUUUAA